UUUCAAAAAAAGAAAAAGGAGAAGUCCAAAAGAGGCAAAAGGAAUCGGCAUCGGGAUUCAUUGACAGCAUCGGGCAUGGUAUCAAUCACAAUAAUCAGCGCCACCCAGCUUUUACCUCCGUUUCCAUUUUCCAUUUUUUUAUUCUAAUUCCCAUUCUUUCCAAUUCUCACUCUUCAAGAAACGAAUCAUCCUUUUCUCUCUCUCUCUUUCUCGAUCUAACCUAACCCAAUUCACUGCCACUCUCAACCCAUAAUCAACCAUAGCAGAGACCAGAAGCUGAGAGCUGCAUAGAGAUCCAUGAUACUCCUUCAGUCCCAUUCAAGGUUCCUCCUUCAAACCUUAUUGAAUCGCCUUCAGAAUCUUGAAAAGGGUAUUGAACUGGAUCACCACUGGGUUGAAUUUGAUGAUGUUCGAUAUCAUGUUCAGGUGUCAACAAAGAAUCCUCAUGUUUUGUUGCUUUCAGUAUCAUUACCUCCCCCAUCUUCAGAAACAAUUUUUGUCAAUGGACUUCCUUUUGGAGCCAUAGACGCAAUAAAAGCUGCAUACGGAGCUACUGUACAAAUUAAAGAUCCUCCAAGGGAUGGGUUUAACCUAACAUUGAAAAUAAAUCUGUCAAAGCUUCCUGCAAAUCAAGAUCAAAGGCAAUCCUUUUUGGUGAAAAUUGCAUCAGUGAGGGAGGUUGUCCUUGGUGCACCAUUGAGAGUAAUUUUAAAACAUCUUGCUUCAAGAACUGUUGCUCCAGACAUUGAUCCGCUUGUUGCCCUUGUGCAUCGGCCAAGGGAGUCAUUUUUUCUUGUUCCGAAGGCUGAUAAGGUGACUGUGGUGUAUCCUAUGAGAUUCAAUGACUCAAUAGACACUGUCCUUGCAACUUCAUUCUUGCAGGAAUUUGUUGAAGCCAGACGUACAGCUGGGCUUCAUAAUACACCUCCAUGUUCGUGGUCUCUUACUCCUCCACAGGAACUGAAAGAAGUUUCUGCUGAUGCAUUAUUGGCUAAUGCAGGAUUUGUAACAUUUGUUAUCUUCCCUCGUCAUGUUGAAGGCCCGAAACUGGAUCGUACAGUAUGGAAUCUAUCGACUUUUCACGCAUAUGUUAGCUAUCAUGUUAAGUGUUCAGAAGGAUUUAUGCAUACACGGAUGAGGCGUCGAGUGGAAUCCUUGAUUCAGGCUUUGGAUCGUGCCAGACCAGAUCUCGAAAAGAAAACAGCAAUGAACAGAUCCUUCAAACGGCUGGGCCUCAAAAAGGAGUCAAGAAACAGUUCAUUCUCAUAAGGUGGAGAAGAUUGUUGAGAAAGUACAGAUAUUCUGCUUCCAGUGGAGAAGAAAGUCAUAUAUGUCCCUUUGGACCAUACAAUCAGCCAACCAAGGAAUUGUGGCAGCAUGUUUCAGUGUCUGCAGAUUGCUGCAGAUUAUGAUUGUUAACUUGAAGAUUUGAUUCUUCUUUUGAACUUGACAUGCUCAGCAUCCAAGGAAAAAUUGCUGACCUAUUUUUGCUGACUGCUCCAGGUGCCUGUAAUUUUAUUCAUGAUAGGAACGAAAGAGGAUACAAGAUAAAUGACCAACUGAAAUAGUUGUUAAAAUGUACAAUUGUUUAUCAACUGCAUGUGGUGUACUUUGUAGGUGUAUUUUGGGUUACAGAUCUAAAUAUCUUCCUUUUUGAGGCAUUCAUCUUGGUUUUUCUUUAAUUGUAAAGUAAUCUUUGGUAUUUUGGUGCAAGUUUAAACUUGCUAUUGAGAUAACAUGGAUAACCUUUUUGUUUUAGUCAUUAAAGGUAUUUUAAACUACAUGCAUGACUGUGUAGCAUCUAUAAAUGGAUUUUGGUGUUCAAGUUAUCUCUAUUGU